GCGUCGGACCGCCCACCGCCACCUGGCUCCGCUGCGCACCGCCGACUGGAGGCAGAGCGCCGCUACUCCUCUUACCCAACGGAGACGCAGAGAGACGAGGACCCCCGUUUCACCGAGGCUGUGUGCAUGCGUUUUUGGUUUUACCUCCUAUGUAAAGAAAAAAAACAAAAACAAACGAUAUCCACCAGCUAGACCGAGUCAACGCUUUUAAAGGAUUUUUUUUGGGAGGGGGGUGUUGGGAGGAAAGUGAGAAAAGGCGCAUAGGAAAGGCGACGGGUGCCAUCGCGCACUGCUGCAUCCUCCCUCCUCUCCAUCUCUCCGGCUGCGCGUCUGCGCUUUUACAAAGCUCCCGGCUUCUUCCAUCCUUGAAUUCCGCUAUUGUGAAGCCGCGAGCUCGCCUCCUCCUCCUCCUCUACUCGGGGAGUCUGAAGCCAGCCGCUGGAGCCCCUGAGAGCUCGCCGGACUCGGCGGCUUUCUUCUGCGCGAUACGAGCGGAUCAUCGAGGGGACCUUUGCGCGGAGUCGAAAGGACUGGAAAUUAUUUAGCCCUCUCACAACAACGUACCGCAUGGUGGGAAUUUCUGCCUCUUUUCAGUAUCGCUCUGGGAAGCGCUCCACCAUGCCCGACUCACCUGCGGACGUCAAGACACAGUCCAGGUUGACGCCCCCCACCAUGCCUCCUCCCCCCAGCACGCAAGGAGCUCCCCGUAAUAGCUCCUACACGCCCACCACAUUAACCAAUGGCAGCAGCCACUCUCCCACGGCGCUCAACGGCGCCACGUCUCCUCCCAACGGCUACAGCAACGGUCCGAGCUCCUCGUCCUCGUCCUCACUGGCCAACCAGCAGCUGCCGCCGGCCUGCGGCGCCCGGCAGCUCAGCAAGCUCAAGCGCUUCCUCACAACUCUACAGCAGUUUGGCAACGACAUCUCGCCUGAAAUCGGCGAGCGGGUCCGCACGUUAGUGCUCGGACUUGUGAAUUCCACCCUAACCAUCGAAGAAUUCCACUCCAAGCUCCAAGAAGCAACCAACUUCCCUCUACGACCUUUUGUCAUCCCCUUUCUGAAGGCCAACCUGCCGCUCCUUCAGAGGGAGCUGCUGCACUGCGCCAGGUUGGCCAAGCAGAACCCGGCUCAGUACCUGGCCCAGCACGAGCAGCUGCUCCUGGACACCAGCACCACCUCCCCGGUGGACUCCUCUGAACUCCUGCUGGACGUUAACGAGAACGGCAAGAGGAGGACGCCAGACAGAACCAAAGAGAACGGCUUCGAGAGAGACGGCGCCCUCCACCCGGACGUUCACCCCAGCAAGCGGCCCUGCACCAUAAGCCCCGCCCAGCGCUUCAGCCCAUCCAAUGGGCUCUCAUACCAACCCAACGGCCUGCCCCACCCGGGCCCGCUUCCCCCGCAGCACUACCGACUGGACGACAUGGCCAUCGCCCACCACUACCGUGACACCUACAGGCACCCGGCCUCCAACCAUCGGGAGAUCCGGGAGAGAGCCAGGCCCAUUGGUAUGCAUGCAGGGACCAGGCAGGAGGAGGUGAUUGACCACAGGCUGACAGACAGAGAGUGGGCAGAGGAGUGGAAACACCUUGACCAUGUAAGAAAACUGCUGAACUGCAUCAUGGACAUGGUGGAGAAGACGAGGCGCUCGCUGACGGUACUGCGGCGCUGCCAGGAGGCCGACCGCGAGGAGCUCAACUACUGGAUCCGGCGAUACAGCGACGCUGAAGAGCUGAAGAAGGGCGCCGCCGGUGGGCAGUCGAGGCAGCAGAGCCCGGCGGCACAGGAGAACGCAACGCCGGAGAUUCACAGGGAGCUGUUGCAUCGGCCCGUGUCUGGAUACGUGCCUGAAGAGAUCUGGAAGAAAGCCGGUACGGGAGGCUUGACUUCCUCUGUGUCCACACUCUUUCCAGAAGAGGCUGUGAAUGAGGUGAAGCGGCAGGCUGUGACCGAGCUGCAGAAGGCCGUCUCAGAGGCGGAGCGCAAGGCUCACGAGAUGAUCAGCACCGAGCGGGCCAAGAUGGAGCGCACGGUGGCCGAGGCUAAGCGGCAGGCGGCCGAGGACGCGCUCUCCAUAAUCAACCAGCAGGAGGACUCCAGUGAGAGCUGCUGGAACUGUGGCCGCAAAGCCAGUGAGACGUGCAGCGGUUGCAACACGGCGCGCUACUGCGGCUCCUUCUGCCAGCAUAAGGAUUGGGAGAAGCACCACCAUGUCUGCGGUCAGACCCUCCAGGCCCAGCAGCAGCAGCAGCAGGCCAGCCAACAGCAGGGAGGCGUGCCGGGAUCAGAGACCCCUGCUCCCGUCAGCUCCUCUGCCUGCACCCCGAGCAGUGGGACUAGGAGUCCGGCUGCUACGCCGCCUGCUGCCACCCCUCGCUCCUCCACCCCCGGGACCCCGUCCUCCUCUGCCCUGGACGGCACACCGCGCUAAGAGACUCAUUGGGUUAGGAAAGGAAGCAAAGGGCCGGCGGGGCGGGGGGGGAGGGGCUUAACAGCCAGCCCUCAACCCCACGAACAGCAUGACUGUCUACGAUGCCUUGCAAAGAUGCUAAGCUAACGUGGCUAACGGAGAGAGAUGGCGAUGCUUCUGUCUAUCCUGCAGCGUGGUCAUAGAAGGAGGAGGUCCAUAAUCGGGUCAUAUUGACUUGCCAUAACUUUACAGAAACACAAAGAUAUUCUUUGUUUUGAAUGAAUGAAUUUAAAUAUUGACAUCCUUUUAUCGUUACACUUGCUAUUCUUGUUGUCCAUUUUCUCGUCGUGCCCGUUGUUGUUGAUGUUGUUGUCAUUAUUGCUAUUUUUUCCUGUAAAUAUUAAGCGACAGAGCAGAGACACCCGUGACCGUAGUAUAUCUAACCUCCCCAUUUUUAAAUGUUUUUCAUUUUCCAUCCUUGAAUUAAUGCUUAUUUCCUCUCUGGUACAUGAGACUAAUCAACGUCAUUUUACCAAACCGCAUACCAAGGGAACAUCACUAGCUAGCACUCAUCAAUACUCUUUGUAAAGAAAGAUAUUUAGCACCCUAAAAGACAGACCAACGUAAGGAUGGAUGAGCAACGUUGCUGCCUGCAGAUGGGAGAAGGAACGGACUGAAUCUCUGGCCCACAGACAGCCAUGAAACGGGCAGAUGUGCAGCAGAUUGCAAGCGGAGCCAGCUGUUCAACCAAUGUUAUUUCCCUCUCACUUGUAAUAAUAUCCAGGUCAGUGGGCUGGGAAAUACAAAUCCGUCUCCCUGAAGGACAUAAAAGGAAGAAUUCUUGGACGAGAUACAAAACUUUGCCCACUGCACAAGUGGAGGAUGUACUGACGGCAAACCACACGAGCAUGCUUGGUGGGUCACAGAAGCUCUCAAACAGGAAGUAAAGUCAUCGUCCCUCCGGCGAGACCCGUCAAAUCGCCACGACAGAAGCCGCUCGGAGCCGAACACCGGCAGUGUGGAGAAGUCGGUAGGAAGCUCAUUCUGCACUCCAGACUCUCCUGUCUCAACUCUUCAAAACAUUUUCAUCUCUUCAUGUUUUCUUAUUCUUUUUUUUUUCUGUAGAUGUCAUGGUGUUUAAGACUUCUGUCCUGUGGUGUCACCAAUGGUUAUUUAUUGUGUAUGUGUUGGACAAUUGUGACAAUGCAUAGUUUUUCAACCCGGUCACAACUCAAACUCCUUCAUGACUCGUGCUCUCUCUAACAAAAAGAGAUAAAAAAAAGAAGUGUUAUCUUUUUUUUCACGCUGCUUUUCUAUUCUGUGUGUAGGUGGUAGAUCCCCUCGUAGUUCUUUAAGUUUCACUUCCCUUCGUCCUCAAGAAAAGACACAAGCUAUAUCUCAGAGCUGCUACUUGAGUCCGACACAGAUCUUUUCUGAGAGCUAGCAUGUUGCGCAGGAAUGCUAACCUAAAUGUUUUGUACAAGGGACAUACAUAGAUGUAUUUGCACUGUCACAGAGGUUAUUUCCGCAUGCUUCUUUUUAGCAUACUUGUGUUGUCGCUAGAGCCAUAACUCAUCAACCGUUUUGUAUGUAGUGAUGGCGUUAUUGGGUUUCACAUUUCUUUGGAAUGGGGCUUGUAAAAUCACCAAACCAACUUUUCUUUUUCUCCUUCUCACCACAUUUUCACAAAAGCGGCCAUAACGGGGGGUUUUUUUGGAAUAGUUACAGACAGUGCAUGCACAUUACUGAACGUUUGUUAAAUAUUUGUUAUUUUUUAGAAAAAAAAAUAGAAAAACAACCAAAAAAAGUUUAAAAAAUGACAAAAAAAUAUUCUAACAAACUAACUUUCCAAAUGCAGAGGUGUAGACUCCGAUUGACAGCUUUAACACUGCAAAGCACCAGGUAACACACAGUAUUAACACAAAAGAUAAACAAACAAAAAAACAGCCAAAGACUGACACCAAGGACCAAAAUCCUGAUUUAAACGAUUUUCAAAAGAGGUUUGUUCACACAUAUGUUUGGGAUAUUUAUUUCUUCACGUUUUGUUCACAUAUUCAGAGAACAAACGCAAGUUUAAUGUCAUAAAAGUCUUUUAUUUUAAUCCUAACGGCACUCAUCUUACAUUUUGAAAAGAAAACGUUUGAAAUAAACAUAAUGGACAUUUUCAGAACAGUGUUACAUUUCCACUGGAGCAAUAAUAACUAAUGAACACUGACGACUUAUGUGACCAAUUUCGAGGAAAAAUCUUUUUGCAUUUCCUCUUUACACAAAUGUGAGAUUAAGUGCCCAUUUCAGCUUUAAGCAGUAUAGUUCUUUAUUCUUAAAGAGUGAACGUGAGACUGGAGUUUCACACCAAUGCCGUUUGUUUUAUUUAUUUAUAUCGGAGUAUGUCAUUUUUUUGCCACAAAUUUGUUGUAAACCUUCAAUGUAAAUCGAACAGACCUCUUACCCUGACGCACACAAAGGCUCUUCACACCAUCCACCUUGGUGCUACACAGAAGCGCGUUACAAAUUCUGACCUCAAGAAACAAGAGGGGGCCCACAAAGGUUCUGGGCUGUUUGCUGCCUCUGUACUUCCUCAUCCCCCCCCCCCACUUCUUGUCUAAAUGAAAUACACACCUGCAUUUUUGACUAAUGGGUUAAACAAUCCAAAAAGGUGUCUGACACCCGACUAACGACUUCUCAGAAGCUGUGAAGAAACAGCUCAGCUGUUUUAACACUAGUGUAUUUGAAAGUAUACAACAAAUAAUGUGUUUAUCGAUAUCAGGGUAAAACCUGGGUUUGAAAAAAAAAACGGGAAAAAAAACGACUUAACAUUUUUGCUCACAUUUUGUUCUUUCCUUUUUUUUCUUUCUCCCCUCCUCUCUGUGUGUUUUGCUACAAAUUCCUCGGUGGCAAACAAGUCUCACUCUACCUCUUACAGCACGAUAAGAGCAUCAGUCGCUGAUACUGGUCUAGUCUAAACCAAAUGGGCACACGAGAACAGGAAAAUAAAAAACCCAAAGUCGAAGCUCAUACAGCUGCAAAACCAUAUCACUACUUGGUAACAAUGCAGACCUCAUAAAUAAAUGAAAAAUAAAUGAAUAGAAAUGAGAAGAAAAAAAAAAGUUAAACACUUUUGUUACGUUGCUUUAUGCCUGUGGCGUUUUUAGAGUACAUCAUGGGUGAACUGUUUGAACAGAAUUUUAAAAAUUUGCUAAUUUUAAAGAAAAGUGUUGUCGAUUCCUAUUUCAAUGAUACAAGUGACGGAUAAGAAAUGUUCUUCUUGCUCUUUUUUCUCUCCUGUUUACCCUCCUCGCUUUUCUCAGUUGUGAACACGUUAAGCCGACUUGUCAGCGGGGUAACGAUUCUGACUGAACUUACAAAAGGCAAAAACUAAAAAUGAAAAAGAUACGGCCAAAACUUAGACAUGCUGGUUUUUCACAAAGGAGAGGAAAUGUUAUUAAGAUUUCCCACUUAGCAAGGGACAUUUGAGGAAAUGUGUGGGGCCAGCAGUGAACAGUGAAGGCCGUAGCAUUACUCUGUGGGUGUGAGGUGAACUUCAAGGGUGGGAGUUUUAUUUCAUUUUCUGGGGGUGGGAUGGGUUCCCUUGAGAACAUCUAUUGUGAAAAAAAAGAGCUCAAAUGAUUUGAAGUUGUUGUGCAAUACUUAUUUGAGACAUGAAAACCACAGGUUAGUGGUAGGCUGACGCUGGGCGGUCUCUUCAUCGCCCAGAGUCAGUGUCUUUAGAGAGCUUUCCAGUCUACUAUGUCAGAACUGUGGUUUCUUGUUUUUCUUUUCUUUUUGUUUCUUUUUUUUUUUCUUUUGGGCUGUAAACUAUGGUCUGUCAGUCUGUGAAACUUUGCAGUAUAAUUCUGGUAUUGUUGUUCUCUUAACGGUGUAAUAAAUAUGUUAAUACCUGCC